AUGAGAGCAAUAACAAAGUUCCGAGCCACCGACCCGGAAACACCCCCCUCCGACCCGGCCCCGGAACCCGCCUCCUCCGACUUCGACGACCGCCUCAGCCAGGUCCGGCUCCGCUACCGCAGCGGCACCGGCAAGAAAGCCGAGGCCCGGAAGUCCAAGAAGUCCAAAUCAUCCGGGUCUUCCGGGUCCAGCGUCUUUCUGCCGCCGGUGCCGCUCAAGGAGCCGGUCUCCGGCGGGUUGAAGGUGGACUUCGGGUUCAGCCCGUAUAGCGAGCGGGUCAACGGGCGGGUCGCACUUCUGGGUCUGAUGGCGUUGCUGCUGGUGGAGCUGGCGACGGGGAAGAGUGUGUUUAAGUUUCAUACGCCGUCGGUGGUGCUGGUUCAGGUUUACUUUGUGGCGGCGGCGACGGCAGUUUAUAUUAAGUUUGAGAAGGAGAAAGUCAGUGUUUGGCCUCAGUCUCAGUCUCCAACACCAAAAGAUUAA